UAUAUAUAUAUACACAAACACGCCUACUCUCGUAUAAUUAAAAAAGAAAGAUUAAUUAGCACUAAUCCAGAAUAUGCUAUAAAUAUGUUCAUAUAUAAUUCUCCUGGAGAACUCUUCAUCAUCUCCUCCAGUCACAGAUGUGGAGCAACCUUCCAUUCGAUCUCUUAGCCAACAUCUUCUCCUUCCUCUCGCCGGACUCCUUAGCUCGAGCCAGAUCCACUUGCCGCCAUUGGCAUGUCUGUGCUGCCACCUACCCAUUCAACUCCCUCUCCCCACAACGCCACCCACCAUGGUUCCUCGCUCUUCCCACUCGCAGCCAUGGCUUAUUUUCUUAUCUUCAUAAUCCGAUUACGAAUUCUUGGCACCAACUAUCUCUCGACUUUCUACCCCAACCGACCCGACCCGUUUCCUUACUCGGCAGCCUCGUUCUCCUCAGAUCCACCAACUCUACUGUACCACACCUAAUUAUAUGUAACCCCUUCACCAGGCAGCAUAAAUACCUUCCGCUAUUGAACAUCUCGAGGACCAACCCGGCUAUUGGUGUUGUAAUUUUAGAUGAGCAAAUUCCGAGGUUUAGAAUCUACGUGGCGGGUGGAAUGUCAUCGGCGGCGGCGGGAGGUGGAGCGAAGUACGAGGCGACAAUGGAGAUGUACGAUUCUGAGCAAAACAAGUGGGUAAGAGUUGAUCCGAUGCCGAUGGAAUUCGCGGUGAGAUUGACGGUUUGGACACCGAACGAGAGCGUGUACUGUAACGGGGUUCUUUACUGGAUGACAUCUGCAAGGGCGUUUAGCGUGAUGGGUGUGGAGAUUGAGUCGAAUAGUUGGCGUGAGUUGGGAGUUCCGAUGGCGGAGAAGCUCGAGUUCGCGGCACUGACACGGCGGAGAAAGAGGUUGACGGUGGUGGGGGGGACGUGGAGGGACAGGUGUUGCGUGUGGGAACUAGAUGAGGGCGAAAAAUGGGUGAUGAUUGGGACAGUGCCGGUUGAAUUGGGGAUGAGAUUUUUGGAGGGAAAGAAGAGUUGGAGUAGUAGUAAGUGUGCGAGGGGUGAAGGGAGAAUAUGUUUGUACAGAGAAGUUGGAUGUGGAAUGGUGGUUUGGAGAGAAGAAGAAGAAGAAGAAGAAGAAGAUGGAGAGAAGAGGAAAUGGGAAUGGUGUUGGGUGGAAGGGUGUGAAGUUGUGAAAGGUCAAAGGGUUUUGAACUUUGGAAUUAAAGGUGUUAUGAUUAAUCCUAAUCUUUCCCAAUCUUCCAUUUUCUGAACAAGUGAAUCUACAUUGUAUAAGUUGGUAAAUUUCUAUCAAUAAAUUUCAUAAUAUUUUAACAAA